AUGCUGCGGGCGGUCGAAGAUGGUGCCAACGCUAUACCAGGACGUUCCACCAGUCCCCCGAAUAGCGCCCCCCUCUCCAAACGAGACAAACGGCGCAGUGCGCUCCAGGAGCGGCUCCAUGAUCUGACGGCUUCAUUUAGUCAGAAUAGGGAUACCCAGUUUCGCCAGCAACUGCACGCCCUGCAGUGUGACAUGACUCUGAUCAAUAAUGCUGACUUGUACUCGCCCGGGCCGCUUCCUGACUCCGCGGACGAGAUCGCUCAGUUGAUCGAGAACACGGUGGGCGGGGGCAAGUUUGCUAAAGAGAUGGCUAGUUUAGCGGGAAUGUGGUAUUCUCGCUUUGUACAGGAGAUUAAUCAAGUGAAGGCAGAUAAAGAUGCGGAUUUGGCUAUGUUGGUGCACCGACAUACCAAUAAUAUGGAAAGAUUCACUCGUGAAUAUGCAUUCCGGGAACAUUUUGCAAAAGAAGAAUAUAAAAACCUGUCCUCCACCCUUCGCGAACGGCUCGUGCAAACCAUCUCAGGUAAAAGAGCUCGUCUGAUGCGAGAAAAGGAGCAAUUGGAUAUUGCGGACACCAACGCUCUUCUUCUGCAUCCCAACCAAUUCAGCAUAACCAACCCCGCCAGUCCAGGUGGCAUCCACGGUAACCGGAAGACCAGACACACGCGCCACCGCGUUGACCUGGAUGAAUUGGGCAAUGGGAUUAUGUCCGAGUUCAACAAGAGAAAGCGCAAGGCCCCAGAGGAUGACGUUGGAUCCCCUGUGCGCGAAGGAGGCCUUUCUGUGCCAGCGGAGCGCGCCAAGGCGCAGCUCGCACAGCAGCAACAUGCACCGUCAUAUUCGAUCCACUCUCUAUUCACUGAAAAAGAGCUCAGUGCUCAUGCGAACCAAGCCCACGUUGCCACCGUCCAUUUCUUCUCGACGUCCAAGCGUGGUGACCAACCUUCGGGCACGGCGACGAACGGCAAUAACACGGACACAGAGGAUGCGUCCGGGGUGGACGGCACCGGUGCGGAGGACAGUGGCACGCCGGGGACCGACAUGGCUCGCACAGCCAGUCAGAACUUCCACGCGACGCGGUCGACUCGCACGCAUGGCAACCAUGCUCUCAAUGCCCUUGCGGAGUUGUCAGACAAGCCGGCGGUGCGCCCGAAUCUUCCUUAUAAUAUCCUUGCCAACUACCAUGCGCGACCCAGCAACAACGGGGCGCCUCCACUACCGCCGCUAAUGAACGAAGAGGUGGACGAUGACUGGGCUCGUUUGGACCGUCUGAACGCCAAGCCAGCGAGCUACUUCGACAAGAAUCUGGUGCAACUGCUCGUGGAGCCGGUUCCGGCGCGGGUGGACGGAGUUCCAUCGAACCCGAGCCGAUUCAGCUUACUGCAUCCUGAUUUCCCGAUCGAGAUGGGCAUGCAUUUGUAUCCGACCAGGGGCAGUGAAGAUAACUAUGGUCAAGAACGGACGAAAAAGGCGCGGACGUAG